CCAAACAAAAACAUCCGGGUCGACCGGAUAGCUAAUUUGAUAAUUUAUACCAAAAUAAAAACAUGACCAUCACUUGAAGAAAGCAAAGCAAAAACCUCUCCAUUUUGGUUCUCACCCUCUGCUACUCUCAGAUUCCUCUCUACCAUGGCGUUUCCUUACAUGGAAGCUGUAGUUGGUUUUAUGAUACUCAUGUAUUUCUUUGAAACGUAUUUGGAUUUGCGACAACAUGCUGCUUUGAAACUGCCAUCUCUCCCAAAAACUCUGGAAGGAGUAAUCAGUCAAGAGAAGUUUGAAAAAUCUCGAGCUUAUAGUCUUGAUAAAAGCUACUUCAAUUUUGUUCAUGAAUUUGUUACUAUACUUUUGGACUCCGCAAUUUUGUUCUAUGCGAUAUUGCCUUGGUUUUGGAAGAAAUCUGGAAGCUUUCUGGUGUUGGUUGGUCUUGAUGAGGAGAAUGAAAUAUUCCACACCCUUGCUUUUUUGGCUGGUGUUAUGAUAUGGUCACAGAUUACAGAUUUGCCAUUCUCUCUCUAUUCAACUUUUGUGAUUGAGGCCCGCCAUGGUUUCAAUAAGCAAACAACAUGGCUGUUCUUUAGAGACCUAUUCAAGGGAAUUUGCCUUUCCAUUCUACUUGGCCCACCAAUUGUUUCAGCAAUUAUUUUAAUAGUACAGAAAGGAGGCCCUUACCUGGCCAUUUAUCUAUGGGCAUUCAUGUUUGUGCUUUCUCUCGUGAUGAUGACACUCUACCCAGUUUUAAUAGCCCCACUUUUCAACAAGUUUACCCCUCUUCCAGAAGGAGAGCUCAAGGAGAAAAUCGAGAAACUUGCUUUCUCUCUCAAGUUUCCUUUAAAGAAGUUGUUUGUUGUAGAUGGAUCCACAAGGUCAAGCCAUAGCAAUGCCUAUAUGUAUGGAUUCUUUAAGAACAAGCGUAUUGUCCUUUACGACACAUUGAUUCAGCAGUGCAAAAAUGAUGAGGAAAUUGUAGCUGUUAUUGCCCAUGAACUGGGGCAUUGGAAACUCAAUCAUACAAUGUACUCAUUUAUUGCUGUGCAGAUUCUUACUUUUUUACAAUUUGGAGGAUACACUCUUGUGAGGAACUCAACCGAUCUCUUUCGAAGUUUUGGGUUCGAUACACAGCCAGUGCUCAUUGGACUUAUCAUAUUUCAGCAUACAGUAAUACCUCUCCAACACCUUGUAAGCUUUGGUCUUAAUCUAGUGAGUCGAGCUUUUGAAUUUCAGGCUGAUGCUUUUGCAAAAAAGCUUGGUUAUGGCUCUGCUCUUCGGGCUGGUCUUGUGAAACUACAGGAAGAAAAUUUGUCAUCUAUGAAUACAGAUCCUUGGUACUCAGCAUAUCACUAUUCCCAUCCUCCUCUUGUUGAAAGACUGGCAGCAAUUGAUGAAGCAGAUAAGAAGGCUGACUAACAAGGGCAAUCUGUGGAUGGCUACCUCAGGAUUUAAUUCAUUUCAUUGCAACUGACAGAAUGCUGGAAUAGUCAGUCAGCAGUUGUAAUAUUACCUUAUAUGAGUUUUGUUGGAGCUUAACACUUAAUAGUUCAAGCACACCUUCUCAUGUCAGAACACAUUUCUCAGGUCAGAGAAGAGGGGAAUAGAAGGAAAGGGACAGGAGAAAAGCAACAGGAAACAGUGGAAUUUUAGUUAUACAUCAUGUUUGCAUGAGCUAAAUGAUCACAGAACCUGUUGAUUCAUGAGUUUUGAGUCUGAUAUGACAUGUUUACUAAUUUUGAGCCA